GCGCUCGGCCCCUCCCCCCGCACUAACCUGCCCAAGACAGGAAGCUGCCUUCGAGACCCGUAAACAGGGUAAAAAAGCUGGUCGGCCGCAACUAUGGGAGCCGAAUUAAAGAGACCAUGGUCAUGAAAGUCGAAAAGAAGGAGUUACGGACGCCGUGGACAGAAAAACUAACCCGUUAACCUUGGUAUUAGUGGGCAGUAACUCGGACAGCCGCUUAGUGAGUCAUGGUACAGCGAUAAGUGUUCAUACUCGUGAGGUGGAUACUAACCAGGCGCUGACAGUGCUUUAAUUGUGAAGUCUGCGGUGUUGCGUGACGCUUGGGACAUAUUUGCCGUGUUUGAGAAGCAAGGAGCGGAUACCGUAAGUAAGUUUUUGGGGGGCUCAUUUUAAAUUUCCCUCCCUUUUUCGGACCGGGUAGAGAAGACGGGGGACCUACUCUGACCGAUUGGGUUAGCCGAGGCCUCGGAGGAGCAGUUUUUGUGUUGUUUACCGAGCACAAAGACUUGGAAAAAAAAACAGUUUGUCUCACCCUGUUUUUGGACAAGUUUAUCAGUGGAAAGUUGGACUUUGUUUUUGGCUAAAGUAACCGGCCAGAAGAUGGACUCGGGGAACUCAGCCUCUGCGCCUAUGGUUAAAAGCGGCAAAGAGAAGAAGUCUAAGAAAAACAUCGAAGAAGGCGACGUGAAAAAGAAAUUCACUUUCAAACGGCUGAUUCCAGAUGAGCUGGAACGGUUUACUAGCAUGCGGAUUAAGAAGGAGAAGGAGAAGCCCCUCCUUCCUGGCCAGCGACACUCCUUGGCCACGCAGUACGAGGUGCCCAGCCAGAUGCACGACCACUCUGAUGAGUACGUGCUGGAGCUCUUUGAGCAGAUGCUGGUGGACAUGAAUCUGAACGAAGAGAAGCAGCAGCCUCUCCGAGAGAAAGACAUCGCCAUCAAGAGGGAGAUGGUGUCCCAGUACCUGCACACCUCCAAAGCGGGUCAGAGCCAGAAGGAGAGCUCCAGGUCUGCGGUGAUGUACAUCCAGGAGCUGAAGGGAGACCUGAGGGAUAGCCAAUUACUGAGCUGCCUGGAGUCUCUGCGAGUGUCGCUUAGCAACAAUCCUGUGAGUUGGGUCCAGACAUUUGGGGACGAGGGACUUGCCCUGCUGUUGAACUAUUUGAAGAGACUACAGGAUGAAAAGGACGAAUACUCAGUAAAGUGUCAGCAUGAGAUCAUCCGCUGCCUGAAGGCCUUCAUGAACAAUAAGCACGGUCUGAAAGCCAUGCUCACCUCACGGGAUGGUAUCCCCCUGCUGGUGAGGGCCAUCAACCCCAGGGUGCCCCACAUGAUGGUUGAUGCUGUCAAGCUCUUGUCAGCCAUCUGUAUUUUGGAAAGCCCAGAGAACCUACAAGAGCGUGUGCUGGAAGCCAUCACGGAGUAUGCUGAGGAGCAGGACGUAGAGCGAUUCCAGCCUCUGCUGUCAGGGAUGCAGAAACCCAUCAUAGCCCUCAAGGCUGGCUGCAUGCAGCUCAUCAAUGCCCUGAUCAGUCGAGGGGAGGAGCUGGAUUUCAGGAUCCACAUUCGCUCGGAGCUCAAUAGGCUGGGUCUGAGAAACCUCCUCAAGGAUGUCCGGACCAUCGAGAACGAAGAGCUUAGGGUGCAGCUCAUGGUCUUUGAUGACCAGGCAGAAGAUGACUCGGAGGAGCUCAAGGUUCGACUUGACGAUGUGCGAGUUGAGAUGGAUGAUAUGAUGGAGGUCUUCCAGAUCCUGAUGAAUACAGUGAAAGACUCCAAGGCAGAGGCGCAUUUUCUGUCUGUUCUGCAGCACCUCCUCCUCAUCCGCAAUGACUACAUGGUCAGGCCGCAGUACUACAAGCUGAUUGAUGAGUGCAUCAGCCAGAUCAUUCUGCACCGGAAUGGCAGCGACCCUGACUUUAAGUGCAGGAGCUUCAAACUGGACGUGGAUGGGUUAAUCGACAACAUGGUGGACAAAACGAAGGUGGAAAUGAGUGAAGCCAAAGCCUUGGAGUUGGAGAAAAAGUUGGAUUCAGAGCUGACUGCACGCCACGAGCUGCAGGUGGAGCUUAAGAAGAUGGAAGGGGACUACGAUCAGAAGGUGCAAGACCUCAGCUCUGAGAAGGAACACCUGGGGCAGGAGAAGUUGGAGAAGGAGAAGGAGAACCAGAAACUCCAGAAAGACAUCAUCCAGCUUAAAGAGCAGAUAGAGAAGCUCUCCAAGGACCUGGAGGAUGCCAAGACGAAGGUCAUCACUGUGCCUGCACCUGUGCCUCAGCCGCCAACUGUCCCAGGAAGUGCUGGGAUGCCCCCUCCACCUCCCCCUCCUCCACUGCCUGGGCAAGCUGGGUUUCCUCCACCACCCGCUCCACCUCCUCUCCCUGGACAAAUUGGGUUGCCUCCUCCACCACCUCCCCUCCCUGGCCACGCUGGGAUACCCCCUCCACCACCGCUCCCAGGGCAUGCCGGGAUACCCCCUCCACCUCCCCUUCCAGGGAUGCCUGGUAUACCUCCUCCACCACCUCCACCCCCAGGAAUGCCUGGUAUGCCUCCUCCACCACCUCCACCCCCAGGAAUGCCUGGUAUGCCUCCACCACCACCACUGGCCCCAGGCAUGGCUCCGCCUCCCUUGAUGGGUAGCUGGGGUGUCCCAGCUGUACCAGUGCUACCUUUUGGCCUGGUCCCAAAAAAGACCUAUAAGCCCGAGGUACAGCUUAAGAGGGCCAAUUGGUCCAAGAUUGGACCCGAGGACCUGUCUGAGAGCAGCUUUUGGACCAAAGCGAAUGAGGACCGCUUUGAGAAUAACGAGCUUUUCGCCAAGCUCACUCUGGCCUUCUCCGCUCAGACCAAGUGUGAGUGUCCGAGCUCGAUGUCACGCCUGGCCGUGUCAGUGUCAUCUUCUGGGGUGCUGGAGCCCAGUGUGUGGAAAGUCACUGAUUUGAAUCAAUGUUACAUUUUUUGUUUUUCUUUCUCCCUCUGCUGCUGGCUGCUCCGACUGGACCCUCAGCCUCUAAAGGUAAGAGCUUUUGUGUAACGUUUGACAGCUCAGUUCAGUCAAGGUUUGAGACGGCUGGACUUCAUUAGCACAGCCUAUGCUGGGGAUGUAAAGACUGAUGGCGCUCCAGCCAUACAGGACAGCAUCUGCUAAUGGAUUUACACUGGACACACUUGUAAGCGCAUGAUUGAGGCACUUUUAUGGACCUGCUCUUUGCUAUUCUUUUUCUCUGCUAUUCCUUAUCUUUCCUACUUGGGUCACCCAUAUGGCCAGGCUGGGGGAGUCUUGUAUGAGGCCAGGUCAUGCUGGAGGUCCCUUUGGUUUCGGCGAGGCUUUCUGAGAGCUGUCCAGGAUGUGCUGAUCUCUUCCAGUGUUUGCCAUGCUCUCUUCCAGCAGUGGGUGAGGUGCAUGUCUGCUGGGUGUGGCUGCUGACUCCUCCCGCCCUCUGCCUUGGCACGUGUUCAUGCAUUCGCGCAUGCAGGGGUCCCAUAGCACUCCUUUUGAAAUGUAAUGCCUGACCUCAGUGAAACUGGUGUCUGUUGUUCUGGUGUGAAAGACAUUCUCACAUGUCUGUGUCCCAUGUUUUCCCACUCAAUGUCCUCCUGCAUCACAUGAGUCUCACACCCAUGUUGCUUUAUUUACGUCUGUGUGUCUAUAGUAGUGGAUCCCCAGCAGUUUAGUACAAACCUGGUUUUGUGAAAAUGUCAGGAUUCAUUCUCGCUUUUUUUCCUCUUUUUUCCCCUUUUUUGCUCUUGGGAGUAACCAAAAAAACGAACUCCUACCUGUGAACCCAUUGCCAUUGUUCUCUUCCCGCCCCCCCGUCAUUUCCAAGGCAGUAAUUAUCUGCGGUUUGAAAUGUCGACACCCCCUUUUCAGUUUCACCUCAUCUUUCCCUAAUCCCCUUUCCAUGCAGACGUCCCUGGCGGUUCUCACCACCAGCAGCACUCCGCUUGAUCCGUGUCCUGUUUGAAGUCUCUUCCAUUCCCCAGAUACCGUCGUCAGCCUGCCUGCACUUAGGAUGGCGGCCGUGUAUUUUAAUGUCGUCCGUCCGCCAGGAUUCUGCUGGUGUGAAGUCUGUUACCCAGCCGUCCCUCCUACUGUCUUGUGAGACUGGCCAUCUGGCUUCUAACACACAUCAACCUCACGUGCCCCGGUGUUUUCUGCCCUACUUCGUCGCUGCCGGGCGGAAACUGCGGUUCCCAGCUCAUUAAUUGGAGUCUCUCAUGCUCCCUCAGAUCAAAAGCACCACCGUGAGUGAUACUGGGUUUAUGGGGUCAGGAGGCCAUGGGGUCACAUGACGGCUACGCGCGGCAGGUGCCGUGAGCCGUCGAUGAGCUCCUGAUGCUGCCACUGUCCAUCGAAGUGGUUUGUGUUGCCCCAGCUUCUGCAGGAAAACUUGUGGAACGUUCUUGAUUGGCUUCCUGCUUACCAGCUGCCUUCUGCCUAUCACUGCAGCAGUUGGUGUUCUUUUGUUUGACCCACAGAUGGCGUGAUCCGCCAGCGGUGUCAUAAAUGUGGUCCACCCCCCUGUUUAUGCCAACCCCAGAGUUUUUGCUGGGCUCCUUAAACAGCACUGCUUGAGAUAAGGGUUGCAGAGGCAUAUCAGAAUCAUAAAUAAUCAGGUGGACUUUUUAAUAUCACGGUCACCGAAACAGAAUGCAGACACUGUUCCAUCAGGUGAUGAGAGAAAAUGUAGUCAGCUUUAGGAGACAGACUGGUGGGUAAGGGGAACCUGGUGGAUGUUUAGGGCAGGAUCAAAUGAGGGUGGGGUUGCCUGCAGAAAGGGCCAUUACUUCUCAUUUCCAGGCAGGUGUUGACUUUCAACCUAGUGUGACUGGUCUGUAGUAAAUAGGUUGUCCAUGGGUUUGGUCAUAGCUUUUACACUGGUGUGUUGGUUCUGUCGAUGGGUAACGGGAUCAGUAGUAUUUCCUGGUUAAACCUAUUCUUCUUUUGUCUAGACAUCCCAUAAAUGGAGCAAAAUCAAAUUCUGACAUUAAAAAUUCAGAUUAGUUGGUGAAAUAGUGUUCCUCCAGUGUGUGGGUGGCAUUUACUUUUAUGUCUUUUCCUUAGAUCAUCUCAAAAUGUCUGGCUCUGGCCGACGUGUUUAUGUAUUUGUAGGAUAGAUUCGCGGAUGUGAUCUCCUCUUUACUGUUAGCAGGUAACCAGCAUCUCCUCGGCCUGCUUCUCGACCUGGGCCCACUUCCUUCGCUGGGUGGCGCUAUGGUGGCUACCCGUUCUGGCACGGCCCAUGGCGUCAUGGUUCAACCACACGUGUGCUGGAGUGCUGACCCCAGGCAGGGGGGGCUGUAGGCGGUCAGAAAAACAUGACCCACGUAAGACCUGCAGCGUUUAAGGAUCCAUAUGCGGUUCCUCUCUUCUCACACAUGGGGCUUUUGGAAUGCCUCAGAUCACAAGGAAAAAGACCGCAUUCCAAGGGAGCCCUGCGAUCAUGCCAAGGAUGCUUUGACUGUGGAUCAGAAGCAGUUUAGCUUGACCAGAGGCUACAUGAGAGAGUAGCGCGGUGCUGUGAGGCAGCACUGCACGUGUCGCUCGCCUCUGGCCCUUUGCUCCCAGUCCCUUAUUUUUUAUUUUUUUAUUUUAAGCCUCGUCUUCCUCUCCAGUACAUCUGCUGGCUUGGCGCUGCCCUGCGUGCCAGCUUCGUGUCCUGAAUGCUGCCUGCUUUUGUCUGGGGGGAGUUGUUUUACAUGCUGAUUUACAGCAGCGGCAGUGGCUCUCCAUGUAUAACCUCUUUGUGGUAAUCUUUUAUUUGUGAAAGAUUAAGGUCUUCCCUGCCUGCUCUGGAUGAAAAGGCUCCCUUAGCAUUUAAAUAAGCAUCUGAUAUGUCCCCCACCCCCACCCCCCCAAAUAGCAGUUGAAGAGGCCUUUCUGAAUCCUGUGUAAACACCUCUCCCUGUCUGACGGGUUACUUACAAGGGGAGUGUUACUAACGCAGUAACAGGCACCACGGUAACACAGCCCCUGGCCUCACAUCUACUUCUGCUCUCCGUAUGUUUUCCAUGCAUCCCGCGUCCUAAAUCUGCCUGUUCUCUUGCUAUUUUUUUAAUGUAAUUCCCUAAACUGGAGCAGUGGAUUUCCAUGCUCUUCUUUUUUCUUUCAGAGGUUGUUAGCGGUUGUACUCAUCGGUGUUUAGAAGUCGCAUUUUAAUCAUGUCGGGAAGAAAGAAAGGGAGGAAAAAAACAUUAAAAGCAUAAAGUCAUCGCCCAUAUCACAGCCCCAUCUGCAGCGAUUUUAUCUUUCAUUAUUUCCGUUCCUCCCCAAGGGUUAACUCCUAAGCAGCUCGAUCUGGCUGCCGCUUUGAUGCUACUGAUCACACUAAAAAGGAUCUUCAAAGAGGGAGAUGACAAGAUAGGGGCGUUAGCGCGUUGUGCCUGGUGGCAGAGCUCCAGCCGCGCGUGGCCCGACAGCAUGGGGGGGGGUGGUCUGUCUGUCAUCAAGAUGGCACUGCUAGUUGCGUGUGCUGGUGCAGCUUUUUUUUUUGUGCUGUUUCUCUCAUUGUCUGUGUUCUUUUUAGAGCAGAAUCACACGUAAACAUGCGGAGAUGCAUAUAUGGUCUCGUAUGUCCAUCCAUCUAUUCUCCAAACCGCUUAUCUUACUGGGUUGCGGGGGUCCGGAGCCUAUCCCGGAAGGAAUGGGCAUGAGGCAGGGAACAACCUAGGAUGGGGGGCCAGCCCAUCGCAGGGUCUCAUGUAUGAAUGUGCAUAUAAUACUGUAUUUGGGUGCUCAUUGUUGAACGUGCUAGGCAAAGGGUGUCCUUUUAUUAUUGGCUGCAUACUUUUGGAAGUGCGUUUCUCCUAGCCUGGCAGCAUGAAGUGUCCUCCACCUUUUACCCUCAGCGUGGUCGUCCAACUACCUGGCCGUUCAGGCCCCAAGCGCCCAGCGUGGAGCUCGAGGGGAAAGGGGGGGCAGCUGUGGGACUGGCGCACCAGGACAUGUCAAGCUUAGGUUUGGUUCUCGAGUGUCUGCCAGGGAAUGGCAGUGUUCUGUCACCGGCGGCAACCGGUAGGGUGAGUGAAGCAGGUGUGGCAUUUAAAGCUCCUGUUAACAGGCGUGGUAUUUAAAGUCAGCAUUUCCUGCUCGUGUUUCUGACCUCGGUCUAAAAUCUCUGACGUCUGUUCACAGUAAAUAAAAGCAGAUUUUUUGCUUACUCUUUUUUUUUUUUCUUUUUUAAGAUGCCCCGAAAAGUGCUUUUAUUUAGCUCAGAUGGGUGAGUGCUUUUCGCUAGCCGGUUCCGUGCCAGUACUCUCCCUUCCCUCGGCCCGCUUGCGUGGAAGAUGGCACGCUCGCGCCGGAGCAGUUAAUCAAGGUCGGCGCUCCCUCUCAGCGCACCCGCAGAUUAGUGCUCUCCGGGGUCCCUAAAGACUUUCAUUCCGUCCAUUCGCAGGUACGGCUCGUGCCCCACUGGCCCUGCCGUGCUGAAUUUUUAACUCGCCUUCUGAAUUAAAAAUACACGACAGCCUGGAGUAAAAGGCUAAUCUGCUCAAGUGAUGAGUG